AUGGAUAUCCUAGGCACGGAUGCCGAAGAUGGAAUCGAGGGUGGCUCCCAGUGGCUGCGAGGUCUGCGUAGCAGGCGCCUGUCGCAGCCAGCGGCUGAGGAGGAGGAAUCGCCAGAGAUGGACGCCCUGAGAGAGAGACAGCAAAAGCUGAGACAGCUCAAACUGGAGCUGUCGGGUGAUGGUGAGGAGGAUGCAGAAGACGACGAGGUUGCGGACGAGGAAGAGGAGGACGAGGAGGAAGAGCUGGAGGAAGACGAG